GUUUCUCGGCCGGGUUUUUUAUAGACUACUACCCCUACUUUCUAAAGGCAUCGUAUUACUUGUGGAUGGUUGGGAGCAACUUCUCUCACUUUGGGGAAUGUGGGUAGAUGGCGUGCCGGACCACAGGAAAAAUAGUGACCUUCAGAAAGCGGCUGAGAUCAAGAUCAAUGAGAAGUAUGAACAUAAGAGCAGGAAACAAAACCCUGGACAUUAUGAAGGUGAUUCUUUAGGUCUGCAUAGGCUCUGAAAAUCCGGAUUGGUUUAGACCUAGAAGGAAGUGGCGUCUGAUUGGUUAUUCAAAGUGAGAAAGACCCACUACCUGGGUGGAGUCUGCCGCCCUCUUACUAGGACGUGAGUUACCUGCCUUUGUGACGUGGCCCGGCUGGCCUCAGCCUUAGCUCACACCUUGGUGAGUAAGGUCCAAAGCCAGCGGCCCCACGGAAGUGGGAGCGGGGCCAUGGCUGAAGGGGCCGAGCCCAUGGGCAAAUCCCAAGGUGCUGAAGUUAAAACCCAUCAGCCCACGGAAAACGUCCUCCGGGGACCGCCGAGGCGGGGCCAGCUCUCCGUGCUCAAAGUGUCCCAGCUGUUGCUCCAAGCCAUCGCUGCGCACAAAGGGCUGACUCUGGCAGCUCUCAAAAAGGAGCUCGGAAAUGCCGGCUACAGAGUGUGCAGGAAGCGCGGCCGCCACUCGCGCGAAGGGUCCAGGUCUCGUGUGAAGGGCACCCUCCUCCGGGUCAGCGGCAGCGACGCCGCCAGCUGCUUCAGGGUCUGGAAGAUUAUGAAGUCGAAGAGAAAGCUGGGACGCCCGAGGUUGGAGGAGGGUGUCCGCUCGCCCAGGAGAACCCCUAUCCUGACGCAGAGCCCACGCAGGCACUGCCGGAGACGCAGGGCGGCCGAGAAGGCCCGGGAAGUGUGGAGACAGAGCUUGAGGGCAGACACAAGGAUGAGGAGGAUAAGGCCAAGGGCCAGGGAACCGGUGAGUUCCAGAGCCAAGGAGGAAGGGAGGGCCAAGGCAGUGGACGAGGGGACAGGACGGACCAAGAAGGAAGACAUCAGGCCCAGGACCCGAGACGAGAAGAGGCCACGCUCGAAGCCCAGGGAAGAGAAGAAACAGGCCCCGGAGAAGCCGGUACAAUGGACCAGACAGAAGCCAACCUCCGUUAAAACCGAAAGGGCUUCGAAUAGGCAGGGGAAGACUCAUGACCCAAGGGCUGCUCGCACAAAGACUUCCACUAAAUCUGAACGUCCUCAGAAUGCAGCAGGGAAUCCAUAG